GUGACGUGGCUGUCGCGUACUGUAUCAAAACACAGACGGGGCAGAGAGAGCUUGGGUGUUAUCAUUAGUUCUCCGUUUUGCAACUAAAACGACCGUUUCUAUUGGACAGAUUCAGAUGAAAACAGUUUGGCCAGCUGUGGCUUUCUGAUAACGUGUUCUACUACCGGGAACGAUAACAACAAGAAAAAUACAUUCACUGGACUCUAAAGCUGCGUCUGGAUCAGUGUCCAGGUGUGUGUUUUGUCAGGUGAUCGUAAUGGCGGAGGGAGGCUUUGACCCCUGUGAGUGCAUCUGCACCCAGGAGCACGCCAUGAGACGACUCAUCAACCUGCUACGUCAGUCUCAGUCCUACUGUACAGACACAGAGUGUCCUCAGGACGUACCAGGACCCAGUGGCUCAGUAGGAGGUGGAGAUCUGACUGUCCCCAUGGUUCUGAUGGGCUGGAUGGUUCUGGUUCUGCUCCUCUUCCUCCUCAGACCCAACAGCCUCAGAGGAUCCACAGCACCGCCUGCCGGAAAACCUACUGGACCUCACAGUAGUCGUGACCAGGAGCCCCCAGCUCCACCGGUGGACUAGCAGCAGAACCAGGCGGACAGAACCGGAUAGAACCAGGCGUUCUACUGGACAACACACCAUCUCCACCGGACGUUCUGCCCGUUCUACGUUGGUACCCGGAACCCAACAGCUUACUGCGACCUCUGACCCCUGUACAUCACCAUUGAUUUCCUGUGUAGUGCACUACUUUUGACCAGAGCUCUAUGGGGGUAGUGCACUACUUUUGACCAGAGCUCUAUGGGGUAGUGCACUACUUUUGACCAGAGCUCUAUGGGGGUAGUGCACUAUAUAGGCCAGGGAUGGGGGCAAAAAAAUCUGAAAUCAUCAGGAGGGGCCACAGUUGAUCACGGGUCUGCGUACCCACAUCUAUAAGUGACUAACAUAACGAGAGAGAAACUGCUGAUGUACAAAAAAGCACAUUUAGAAAUUCCACUUUGUGUGUUUUACUAAUCUAACUCAGAGGGGCGGGAAUGUAGACUCUGGAUCAGCCUUUUAUACUGGCCUCUUCCCUCUUUCCUCUGGGCAUCACUGGCUGCAUCUCAGAUGGCCUGUCUAGUCCACUACAUAGGGCUCUAGUCAGAAUUAGUCUAGUCAGAAUUAGUCCACUACAUAGGGCUCUAGUCAGAAUUAGUCUAGUCAGAAUUAGUCCACUACAUAGGGCUCUAGUCAGAAUUAGUCUAGUCAGAAUUAGUCCACUACAUAGGGCUCUAGUCAGAAUUAGUGCACUACAUAGAUUAAGGUGCAAUUUGGGAGGCAGACAUUAUUUUGUUUUGGUCAACUAGCUAGUCACUCGUCAUCUAGUUUAUUGAUUGGUCUAAUCAACUAGCUAGUCACUCGUCAUCUAGUUUAUUGAUUGGUCUGAUCAACUAGCUAGUCGCUAGUCAUCUAGUUUAUGGAUUGGUCUAAUCAACUAGCUAGUCAUCUAGUUUAUUGAUUGGUCUAAUCAACUAGCUAGUCAUCUAGUUUAUUGAUUGGUCUGAUCAACUAGCUAGUCGCUAGUCAUCUAGUUUAUGGAUUGGUCUAAUCAACUAGCUAGUCAUCUAGUUUAUUGAUUGGUCUGAUCAACUAGCUAGUCAUCUAGUUUAUUGAUUGGUCUGAUCAACUAGCUAGUCGCUAGUCAUCUAGUUUAUGGAUUGGUCUAAUCAACUAGCUAGUCAUCUAGUUUAUUGAUUGGUCGGUCUUCCUCUGGAUGGUGAGGAAGUUAUCUAUCUUAACUCUAACCAGCCAGUCACAUGGAGAGAGACUUGUCUGUUUCUUGUCAUCGAUUAAGGAAAUCUGGAACGGAUCUGUGUACCGAUCAGGGUCGUUAGUUCUGCCUGUUCCUAGACACUCUAGGAUCAGGUUCCCCCCUCCUGUCCAUGUAAUCUGGUAUUCAUUGUGAUCUGUAAAGCCAAACUAACCCGAGAUCAGGACUUCUACUCUGAGAGGUUUGAUAUGGUUUCGGGUCCCUGAUCAACAACACAACGAGACAGUUUGUUAAGGAUUGGGGGGGGAUAGAAUCACUUAGCAACAAGAGGGGGAGGGGCUCUUCAGAAUCAACACCCAACAUUCCGCAGUGAUGUCACAAUGGAUCUGAGUGUAGCGUGCGUUGAUGAUGUCAUAGUGUAGUUCAACUGUGUUAUUGUAGUCAGGUCAUGGGGGUGUAUUCAUUGUCUAUUCUGUUGCGAAACGUUUUUAGUUUGUUGCAACAAACAAACAAAACAUUUGCAUCAGAAACCAUUUUUUACUCCAGAGUUUCUUUUGGACAAAUGUAGGUAGGUCCCUCCUCGUUUCGUUCUGUUUGCUUUCGUUUGGUUCUUAAAAUGGUAAACGGUUUCCAUUGCAAGACGUAAUGAAUACACCCCAGGGUUUUAUUUUUAAAUUGUAAAAAAUUGUAUCUGUCUGUUUUGAAGUCGAUACGCCAUUUUGAAAAAGCUAUUUUAUAUUAACCCCCACUCUCUCUCUCUGUUAGGUGUUGGGCAGAGUGAACGAGAACUUCUCCCAAAAAUAGAUCCCUAUUCCCUAUAUAGUGCACUACUUAAGGCCAGGGCUCUGGCUAGACUAGUGCACUAUUUAUUUAGGGGAUAGGGUGUGAUUUGGGAUGAUGUUAGCCUCUGCUGUGAGGGGUAGUGUAAGAGAUGUUAACAUGUUGUUUUGUUACGUGUUCUCACCUCGUCUUCAUCUACACCUUCAUAAUAAUUGCUAAGGUACUUAAGGUAGG